AUGCCUCCGAAACGCCGACAACCACCCCCCCGAGACCCCGAUUCAGAACCCGAGCCCCCUCCCCGCGAGAAUGACAACGACCCCUCCGACGAAGAAGCAGAAGAAGGCGACUCGGCCUUCGAACAAACUCCCCUCCCGUUCUACAACACCACCUUCUCCGCGCACCGCGUUUCGCCCCUCUACCUCGGCGCCGAGUCGCUUUCGCCCAACCGACUGCAGCUACUUGCGCAGCGAUUACGCGACCGGUUGGUUGGUGAUGUGGUGAGGGGCGUGGAGAUUGGGGAUGGGGGGGAUUCUGUUGUUGCACGUGCCGGGGCGCUGGAGAGGGUGGAUAUCUCGUGGGUUAAGGUGGCGGAUGUGUUGCGAUUUUCGGAGCAGGAUGUAGAGGGGAUUGUGCAGCGGGCAGGGGGAGAUGAAGGUGAUGAGUCAAGCUGGGGAAAGGCAGCGGGAGAGUUGCAGGACAAGAAGGCGCUGCACGUUGCGCUGCAGUAUGAGCUGGUGUCGUGCACCGCAUUUCUACUUCCCCGACUGCGCGGCGAUGCGAAGAUGCAGGGCACAGACCCGCCGACGCGGUUUAUGGUUGGAAGCGGGGGAGAUGCGAUGGAUUGGGAACAGUCGGUCGACCCAGCGCAUUUCAUGUCUUUGCCGCUUCUGCUUCUGCGCAUGCCGCCGCCGCUCAAAACGAUCAUGGCCGAUUUCCUGGCCGCCAUGUUCGACUGCCGGGUUAGUCCCAUGCGGUUGGGCACCCAGAGUUUGAUCCGGAACUGGGAAGCCUGGGUUCGAACAGUCAGUGGCCCAACACGGGGAACAGCCAUCAAGGACGCCGUUCUUACGCUCGGCUUCCACGUUCAACCUCCGGCUGUUCCGGUACCAACGCUGGAGGACGAUGCGGAUGACAGUGUUGUGACGGAGCAGAAGCAGACCCUAGGGCUCAAGUCGGUUGAUGUCAUAAUUCCUGCAGCAGAACUCCGGAAAUUUGUGGCCGCAGGAAAGCGUGUGGCUAGCGCAAAAAGCGACAAAACGACCUCGUCCACCGGCUGGGCCUGGGAAAACGAUGUGCAGGAACGGAGGAAACUGGCAGGACGGCUUCAAGAAGAAGGCUGGGAAUGGCUUAAGUCAACUUCUCCACCUGGUGGACGCGAAUCGCAUCCGUUCACAGAGGCACUGGCAUGUUAUCUGCAGGAGCAUCUCGGUCUGAAUCUGCUGCAUCCAAGCGUCCGCGUUAUCAAGAUUGCAUGUGGUGGGUUCGCCAUGUCUGAGUCACGGCUGAAGGUAUUCGUGCCAUCAGAUGCGGGACAGCGUGACGUUGCGUUGGAGGUACUCGGAAGAUUGACCGAGAAAACUUGA